AUGUCUGUUGACGUGAAUGCCCUCAAAGUUGCCCAAGAUAAAGGUCUUACUGUCGGCGUGAUCCCGAGAUCAACAGAAAGACCGCUUCGGCUCGAGAUCGACGACUUCAUACAGGAUGUUGAGCUUGCGAAUCUUUACUUUCUUGCUUUGGAAGCUUUCAUGAGCAAAAGCAUUUCUGAAACUCUCUUCUCGUACUAUGAGAUCUCUGGCAUCCAUGGCCAGCCUUGGCGAGCUUGGGAUCGGGUUGGCUCUGUGAACUUUGGCUCAGCACCUGGUCGGACAGAUUCUCAAAAGGGAUACUGCUCGCAUGGCUCAGUUAUCUUUCCAACAUGGCAUCGCGUGUAUCUGGCACAAUUUGAGCAAGCUCUUUACCUUCACGCCGCUGAGAUCGCGCCUCGACUGCGAGCACAGGGGGCUCUCGAUCGGUUUCGGAUUCCUUACUUUGAUCCCUUCCUCCCGCGCCAGAAGGCCAGUGGUGGAGAUGUUUACACCUACGGCAUCCCGAUAAUCUUCACGCUGCCGCAGAUUCAAGUCCGACGGCCCGAGAAUCCAACUAGAUGGGUACCCAUGACAAAUCCCCUUUACCAGUUCAACUUUCCUGUAGAUAAGAAAGGAGGUUUCGACUGGUCAAUCUACAGCCGAAUCCCAGCUGCAAGAGAGCGCACCAUCCGCGGUUUGAACGCGAAUACUCAAUCAGCUGACCACAGCUAUGUGAUCAGGGCAUUCGAUAAUGUGUACAACCCCGCCAACGGCCUCUCCAGCCAGACGCCCGCUGGUAUCUGGCGCGUUAUGUUUGACAGGCAGAGCUGGGUACAAAUGUCAAACCACUAUGAUCCAAGAGUUCGAGAUCCGAAUGACGUCGUCUACAACGCAAACUCCUUGGAAGGGUUCCACGACAAUAUUCACGGUCAGAUAGCUACAGGUCCUCGCAACGCAAGUGGACAUAUGGGAACCCCUGCGUUCGCUGGCUUUGACCCCAGCUUCUGGCUUCAUCAUUGCAAUGUCGACCGUCUUCUCGCCAUAUGGCAGGGCAUCCAUUCCCGCGAUGCUGAGUCCGUCUCGUGGUGGACGUCUCUGGAAGUCCCAGAAGGCAAUUUUGUAGAGCCUGGUAGUCUCCCAGAAACUCCCCGAACUCCUCUGGCUCCUUUCCGCAAAGGCCUCACAGCCGACGCGAAACCCAUAUGGUGGACUUCCAAUGACUGUCGAAAUCAUUUGGAUCUUGGAUACGACUAUCCACAGACAGCUGCAGCACGCAAAUCGUCUGACCCAGUCAGAUCCCUGACAGCCUGGGCAAACACCCAGCUGGGAUGGCUGGCUCCGAGAAACCCCCAGCCGGCAGACGAAGGGGCACGUACGCAGCUCAAGCGUCAAAUCGUUCAACCAAUUCCGUCCUUCCCAGCCAAGGUCUUGAUCGAUGGGACCACGGCGUUGAGGGCCGGACAAGCCUUCAUAGGAUCCAUGGCCGCUUCUCCUCGAGAAACAGCAGUCACUCCCGCAGUUGUCGCCAAGUCACUAUCACGACCUCGGAGAAUCCUCGCAAGGGCAACAACGAUAGCCAAGUCGAUGUCGCCCAAGAAGCUCGUGAGGCCAGAAAAGCCAACAACUCCCGUCCGAGAGUUCCUCCCCUCUAAAUUCACGCCUCAGCAACUCAAGCAAAAUGUAAUCUCGUCUGCACUCCCGGCGCAGCAUAUUGGCUACAAGCACUGCUAUGGUCACCUUGGCGAUUUAGUCACCAAUCACAAGAUGACACAGUGGAACGUUACGUUCAGCGUUGACAAAUUCUGCCUCGACGGGUCCUUUAUGAUAUACUUCUUUCUCGGAGACUUCAGUCCGCGGCUAGAGGACUGGGUCCUUGAGCCACACCUUGCGGGCUCCAGCGGGAUCUUCGCCAGCGCAAGAGCCGCAAUUGACGAUGGUGGCUGUGCUAAUUGCGCAAAACAAGAAGCUUCUGGUUUCAAGUAUAUGGACACCGUCGCUUUGACACCAGCUCUGUUGACGUACUGGGACAGUCAGCAAGAGUUGUACGAUUGUCGUAUCGAUGAUUUGACCCCGGAAAUGGUGGUUCCAUUCUUAGUUCGCAAUCUCCAUUGGAGAGUCGUCAACAUGCGCGGAGAGCAAGUUUCCAGAGAAACGAUUCCAUCCCUCAGAGUCAUGGCCUAUUCUGAAACUGUGACUUUGCCUCACGACGUCGCGGAUAUGCCCUUAUUUGAAGACCGAUCUGUUCAUUAUGAAGUCACCAAUGGUAGACCUGGUGGCCUGAACGAUGGUGAGGACCUGUAG